UGGCUGAGUAACCGUAGUGAGGGAAGGUGGUGUGUCCGCGCUCUCUCCCUCUCUCCUCUGUGACGGACGCCAUCUCCUCCUCCUAUAUUCUAUUUUCCUGUGAAUUUCCGCCUCUCCUCAAAGAUGCAGUCGCCAGUGAGGUAUCCUGGGGCUACUUGUUCGCGAUAACGAUUGCUGGGACAAGCACAUUGGAUAGGGAGUUCAGUAGAUUGUGUCAUUGUUAAUUAGUUUUAAUGAGUUAAGCAAGAAAGGGUAAUCAGCCAGACAAACAAGUGUGGUUGGCAGCACGUGGUGCACCGAGACACAGUUUAUCACUAAUAACGUACCUUAGUGAUUAGUCCGGCCUGGUUACGUCACCACAGCUGACGGCCAGAUGUAAACAAUCAAUAACGCCAUAAGGAAAAUACAAAUAUUAGACCUUCUAAAUCCUUCUAAACCGGCGGUAUAUAGAUAUAUAUUACCUAUAUAUAGUAUUUAUAUAUAUAUUAAGAAGCCAAUUCAUCCAAAGAUAACGAUAAGCCUAAGCUAGAGCUGGAUAUAUAGACUCAAGCAGCAUCCGGAGAUCUCUGCUCUCCUCUCUUGGGAUAAAUCGCAUCAACCGGUUACAGGGAGAUGGAGAAGGUGGUGAAUGGUGGGGGUGGAGGGGGCUGUGACCUGACCCUCAAGCUGACCAGCUCUGACACCACCUCCACCCUCGUCUCCCCCACCACACCCCCCUCCGAGCCCCACUACCCCCUCAUGGAGGCUACAGCCGCUGUAUCCUACACCACUGGAGACACUAUACCCUCCGGGGCAGUGAGAGUCUACAAGAUCCGAUGGGUGAUCCUCUCCCUCUUCGUCGUCUACUCCAUGUCGAACGCCUUCCAAUGGAUCCAGUACUCCAUCAUCAACAACAUUAUCGUUCGUUACUACGGCGUCUCCUCCACCAUGGUGGACUGGCUCUCAAUGAUCUACAUGGUCACCUACAUCCCCCUCAUCUUCCCAGCCUCCUGGUACCUGGAGAAAAAGGGUCUGAGGAGAGCUGUGCUCAUCGGGUCGUGCGGGACGAUGCUGGGGUCGUGGGUGAAGGUCGGGUCCGUCUCCCCCGACAGGUUCUGGGUGACCUUCCUGGGGCAGUGUAUAACAGCAGUCUCCCAGAUCUUCAUCCUCGGCAUCCCCUCCAGACUCGCCGCUGUCUGGUUCGGCCCCAACCAGGUCUCCACGGCCUGCGCCAUCGGGGUCUUCGGGAACCAGCUGGGAGUGGCGCUGGGGUUCCUGCUGCCGCCAGCCAUAGUGCCGGACUCCAUGGAUUUGGAGGUGGUGGGCAAGUGGCUCUCCGUCAUGUUCUAUAGUAUAGCCGGCCUCACCACCGCCCUCUUCAUCGCCAUCAUCUUCGUAUUCAGAGAGAAGCCUCCUACCCCACCCAGCACAGCCGCCCUCAUUCAGGAAGAAACGGGAUCCUACUUCCAAGGUGUUCUCAGAUUGAUGAAAAAUCCAGGCUAUAUUUUAUUGCUGAUUUCGUAUGGAAUUAAUGUGGGUGCCUUCUAUGCCAUCUCCACGCUCCUCAACCAGGUUGUCCUCGCACACUUCCCGGGCGAGACAGAGAAUGCUGGACGUAUUGGGUUACUGAUUGUUCUGGCUGGCAUGCUGGGAUCUAUUGUGUGUGGCUUCAUCCUUGACAAGACGGCCAAGUUCAAACUUGUGACGCUCUCAGUGUACAUUUCAUCAAUGGUGUUUAUGCUUGCCUACACCUUUGUGUUUCACCUAGAUACCCUGUGGAUGGUUUUUGUCAUGGCUGGACUUUUAGGGUUCUUCAUGACGGGUUACCUGCCAGUUGGUUUCGAGUUUGCAGCCGAACUGACUUACCCUGAAGCUGAGGGUACUAGCUCUGGUCUGCUCAAUGCUUCAGCCCAGUUCUUUGGUAUAUUUUGUACCAUGGCAGAUGGUCAGCUCUUUAGUAGUUAUGGUGACAUGGCAGCAAACUUGCUUCUGGUAGCCGUGCUGUUUGUAGGGUGUAUCAUGACUGCUUGUAUUCGAGAGGAUCUGCGGAGGCAAGCAGCACACAAGACAGCUGUUGACUUGGACAAUGACGGACCACGAGUCUGAGCAUGUGCCACAUCACAGUUCCAUAAUUUGAUACCAAUAGUAGCCGUUUUUGGUUGAUAAUAUUGAGUAAAAAUAUUAAACUAAGGUACUGACAGUAUUACAAUAUGCCAGUUUAUGCAUGCAGAAUAUAAUGUGAUUGCACAUAUAAAUCACGAAGGAAGACUAUUUUGGGCAUGCUGUGUGAUGCUUUAAACAGUGCAAACAUAAAUAUUAUACCUGGGCAGCUACUUUUGUAAAGCUAACAUUUGUAUUACGGUCCAUGUUUUAUAUUAAUGGUAUCGAGCAUUGUAAUGGCACAGUUUGUAAUAUAUAUUCUUUUAUCUUUAUAAGAAGUGUUAGUUCAAACACGUUCCGUGAUUUAUUCCACAGCUGCACAGACCAUAAGCUAUCAAAAUUAAUUUUUAAAGCCACAAAAUAAAACCUCUCCAAAGUUUGCCUCGGGUGUCGUCAACACGAUAGUCACUAUCUUGAUCAAUUAUACUGUACAGGUAUUAGCCGUAUGUGGUCUUGAACAUUAUACCAAAAUAUUAAUUACGUCUGGUCAUUAAAAGUUAGUAUAAAAAUGGUACAUUAUGACUUACUAACCAGGUAAGAAAAAUUGUUGAAAAAGAAAAUAUUUUAUUUCCUAGCAUUAUGGCUCGGGAUUGACGUGGUCCAAGAUUAAAGCUUAAGACAGACGUGGUCCAAGGCAUACACCUUAUGAUGUGGUUCAAGAUUAAAGCUUGAGAUGGACAUGGUACAAGGUUUAUAACCUAUGAUGAGGUCCAAGAUUAAGGCUUGAGAUGUACAUGGUCCAAGGUUUACAGCUUGUGAUACUGUAUGGUCCAAGGUUUACAGCUUGUGAUGUUGUCCAAGAUUAAAUCUUGAGAUGGACAUGAUCCAAAGUAUACAGCUUGUGAUAUGGUUCAAGGUUUGCAGCUUGUGAUGUGGUCCAAGGUUAAAGUUUACAGCUUGUGAUGUGGUCCAAGGUUAAAGUUUACAGCUUGUGAUGUGGUCCAAGGUUAAAUCUUUAGUUGGAGAUGGUCCAAAGUUUACAGCUUGUGAUAUGGUUCAAGGUUUGCAGCUUGUGAUGUGGUCCAAGGUUAAAGUUUACAGCUUGUGAUGUGGUCAAAGGUUUACAGCUUUUGAUAUGGUCUAAGAUUAAAUCUUGAGAUGGAUAUGGUUCAAAUUUUACAGCUUAUGAUAAGGUUCAAGGUUCAUAACUUGUAAUGUGGUCCAAGAUUCAGGCGUGAGAUGGACAAGGCCUAAGGCUUAUGGAACUAAAUGGAACCUGUAAAAACUUAGCUGUAACCUCAUUAAAAGGUUAUAACUACAGUACAGGAGGGACAAAAAAAGGAAAAUAUGCACUGUAACAGGAAAAUUGCUUUCCCUAAUCUUUAUGAAGCAUUUUAUCAUUACUCAACUUAUAUUUAAUUUACUAUAUGUGAUAUUCCUGUAAAAAUUAAGUAUAAAUCAAGUACUGUACUGUAUACAGAAUGAAUUUAGAGUAAAAUAUAUGCUUGAUGGAAAUUGUGAUAAGUGUCAGUGAGUACCAAUUCUAGUUAAUAAAGAGCAAACGUUUACGAACACGCUUCCAUUAGCUAAGUACAGGAUGUUUAUGUCUACCAGUAAUAUAUACUGUAUUUCUGGCAUAUGAGAUGCACAAAUAGAUGAAAGGAGUAUAACCAGAGGAAUAUAAAUAAGGUGGUAAAUAUAUCAACAGAAAAUAGAACACGGAACAGUGGAUAUUAAUUUUAUAAAUUUAGAUUUGGGAAAGACCUAGGUAAAUGCUGGUAACUCAAUAGGCUUAGGAUUGCUAAAGUGUUUCAAGAAUAGGUUUUACACAUAUAUGAACGAGUCUGAGUGGAUAUAAAUAGGAGCUGCAUCACAUGGGUCCAUAGGCCUUUUGCAGUUUCCUUAAUUCUCAUAUUCUUAUGCUUAAGAUGCAUCCCUAUUUUACAAGAAUAUUUUGUUGAAAAUUAUACUCUAGUAUGUUGCAUCAUAUAAUUUUGUAAAAGAUUUUAAAAUACAGCUUCCCUAUUACCAUGUAUGUAUCAGGUUCUUACACAAGCUACAGCUACUUACAACAAGCUACUUAAUGUAAUAACAAUGUGUUGUAUCUGCCAGCAAAUACAGUAUUAAUAUUACUGUGUGUAAUAAUGAAGUUACACAUAAACAAUGUGGAGCUGUCUUUUGAUGGACAUUAAAAGUGAGAUGAUAAUCUAUGCUUUCUGGCAAAUGUUGUCAAAGAGAGCUUGCCUAACUCUGGACUUCCAUUUGUAUUAAAAAUUGGUGAUACAAAGAUGUGCAUUAUUAUGACUUUCUAAUUUACAUAUGUUUCUCUGCAUGUCUUCAUCCUCUUAGAGAAUGCCCUUUCUUUGUCUGGUGUCCAUUUAUAGUAGUCCUAAAGUAUCCCUUUUUCAUGGAUUAAAAUUAAUUUUAGGUGUCCAUUUACAGUCUGUAGAAUAACCCAAAACUUCUUAGAAUUACACAAAUAAAGAACUACUUUUUUUUUACCAUAACAUUGGUAAUGAAUAUAGAAUGUGAAUAAAUAUAAUUUUACUAGAAAAUAAGCUCAUUUCAUAAUGAGAUACAAAAUUAGGUCAACAAUCUUAGCUCAUUACCGACUUACUUUGGCAUCACCCACCACCUAUCUUGGCAUAUUUCAUUAUAAAAGUAGCUUAUUUCUCAGCAAAAUUAUGCUUAUUGAUAUUCUACAUGCAUUACCAAUAUUAUACUGUAGUAAGAAAAUAUAUUUAACAUUUUCUAAAUUAUGCAAUUCUAAGACAGUCUUGGUAGUUUUGAGGAAUUCUGUGAACCCACCCAAUUUUGGAUACUUUUGUUCACUGCUUGUGCAAUUUUACAUAUAAAGAUCUAGUAAUUAAAGAAUUAAGAAUUAUAUUCUCUAAGUGAAAUAAUAAUAUAUAUACCAGGAGGUAGUGGUGUAUAUAGAGUGGCAAGGAGAGGUGUAUGUAGGACAAAGACAUUCAUAUUUACAAUGCGUACUAGUGGUUUGGUGUGUGUGUGCACACGCUUACAUAAUGUGUGUGUGCUUACCUGGUGUGUGUGUGUGUGUGUGUGUGUAUGUAUGUGCUUACCUGAUCUGUGUGUGUGUAUGCUUACUUAAUGUAAUUACCUAAGUGUAGUUACAGGAUGAGAACUACGCUUGUGGUGUCCCGUCUUCCUAGUACUCUUUGUCGUGUGUGUGUGCGUGAAUGUGUAUGGGAGAGAUAUGUAUGGAUGUACUGUAUACACAAGGACAACAGAGCCAAUGAUUGACAGCAUGUUGGUGUAAACAGAAGAUGAACAUUAAACUAUGUUGUUAAAAAAAAAAAAAGAGUACAUAGGAAUAUACAGUAUUACAAUUCAGAUUUAUAAGAACUGUUUAUGAAAGUGCAUUCUUUUGUAAGGCUUUUUAGUAUGCGCGGCUUCACAAGCAAGUUUUAAUAACGAUCACAUGCAGUUACGUUGUACAUUGAUUAUAUGCAGAUUAUAUUAUUUGCAGAUAGGAUACUUAAUGCUAGAAAAAGCUGAUUAAAUAUACAGAAAUGAAUUUUGAGUCAGUACUACAGUAAGUACAUAUUUAGGUGUUAUUUAUGGUAGUGAUCAUUUGGUGAAUAAAUGAGAAUUAUUACAUUAUAUACAGUGAUUAUAAACGGUUGGCAAAAGUAACAGCAACAGUAGUUAAACAUUUAGACUAAAGACUCGAUGGGUAGAAAUGCUAUGAAGAGUACAGUAGCAGACCUAUCGCUCGAAUUAACCACAAAAUAUAAAUUGGGUACAUCAUUACUACUCUUUUUAGAUUUGUUAAAGGGUAACAUUUUAUUGCAUUUUGGAGUCUAUUUUUACAAGUUAGAACUUGAUUUGCAUAGUGUUACUGCUGUGUUGAGUCAGACUGGGAACAUUGAGGUACUGUAUGUGGGAGUUCUGUUGAUAUAGAUAUAUCAACAUUUUAUAUACAGUAUUAUAUAAUAUAUCUAUAUAUUAUAAUAUUAUAUUUAUGUAUAUAAUAUUUAUAAUAAAAUAUAAUUAUAUUAUAUCUAUAAUUUUUUCUAGGCAAUAUUUAUCUGAAUAUCUAAAAAUUAAGUUCACACGCAAAUUGGUAACCGUAUGCAAUGAUUUUAUUCUGGUCCAGAGUUGUUAGCUAAUUGCUAAGUUUUAUUUCCAAAGAAUUAUACUUGUCCCAACAUUUCUCCAAAUCUGUACAGUUGUAUGAGUCGACAAAUUAUCUGGAUUGAUUUUC